GUAAGGAAUGUUAAAAAAAAAAAACAAAAAAAAAACAGGAAGUUGGUAACAGAUACAACUGCCAAAUAGUGAGAAUCAGCAUUUCUUUUCUUUGGAGCCCAAGCCAACUAGGAAAAACAAAACACAAAAAUGAACAUCAGUUAGGCCCUCCCUGCGAACCCUGUUCUCCUCAGUUUGGCACGACUUACUACAUCAGAGCGUCGUUGUGCCCUAGAACAGUCCAAGAGUGCGUGGUCGUAUGGUGAUCGUAUAUGAGAUGAAGGAGAUGCGAGAUUGUUCGUAUGACAGACAUUUUGAGUUUGUGACGUCCGUCACCAGGCAUUCGGUUCGCCAUUACGAGGUGGAUGCUCGUGGAGAGUUGGUGUUACAUAUAGUGGUGGAGGAGGAGAGGCAGGAGCAGCGGGAGAAGGAGAAGCAGCAGGAGGGACAGCAGGAGAAGGAGAAGGAGGAGGAGAGGGAGGAGCAGCAGGAGAACGAGUGGGAGCGGGGCUAUGGCGGGAUGUUUGUCACGUUUUUUGGCGGAGGAGGAGCAGGAGGAGAAGGAGGAGGAGGAGGAGGAGGAGGAGGAAGAGGAGGAGGAGGGGCAGAAGGAGCGGGAGGAGGCGUGGAAGAAGGAGCGGGGAAGGAGCUGGAGCGGGGCUAUGGCGCGGGAAGAGGAGCGGGAGGAGGGGGAGGACGAACUGGGGGAAAAGCAAAAGAAGCAGCGGAAGGAGGACGAGCAGCAGGAGGAGCGGGAGGAAAAGCAAGAGAGGGAGCGGGAGGAAAAGCAAGAGAGGGAGCGGGAGAAGGAGAGGGAGGAGGAGAGGGAGGAGGAGCGAGAGAAGGAGCGGGAGCGGGGCUAUGGCGGGAUCUUCGUCACGUUGUUUGGCGGAGGAGGAGCAGGGGGAGGAGGGAAUGGGAGGAGCGGGAGGAGGAGUGGGAGAAGGAGGGGGAGAAGGAGAGGGAGGGGAUUCGGGAUGGGGUUGCAUCUCACAGCCCCUUGCUCCAUACUCUCCUUCUCAUUUUGCACAUUCGAAGGCUGCUCAAUCACGAUCAAACUGGCAACUUGUGCCCACACAAAGCUCAGAGAUAAGGUAGCCAAUAACACAGUUCAGAUUCCAACUUGUCUCGAUCGGCUAUGGCGCACGUGCGCCAACAAAGAUUCUCCCCCGAU